AUGCGUGAUAUGGUGUGCAUAUACGCUCAAGAAAAGUUUAAUGGAAGGGAAGCGUGCAGAAGAUAUUUAUUAAAAUACCCCAACAGAAGACAACCAAAUCACAAGUUAUUUAAAAAUUUGUAUGACCGCUUAGGUGAGACUGGUUCAUUUCGUCCUAAACGAAAUACAGGUCGUCCAAAAAAGAUUUCCGUUGAUGAAGAAGAUGAAGUUUUAGUACGAGUUAGUAACAACCCAAAAGUUAGCUCUAGACGUUUGUCAGCUGCAACCGGGUUAAGCAAGUCGUCAAUUCUACGAAUAUUAAAAAAAGAAAGACUGUAUCCAUACCAUUUUGUACCUGUACACGCCUUACUGCCUACUGAUUUAAGAGUUCGGUUAGAAUUUGCUAAUUUUAUCAAAAAUCGGCAAAAUUCUGACCCAUCGUUUAUUGCCAACAUUUUAUUUACUGACGAGGCGACAUUCACUCGUAGUGGGGUUUUUAAUUUUAAAAAUUAUCAUGUUUGGGAAACUGAAAACCCACACAUGACACGGCAACGGCAUUUUCAACAUGAAUUUAAAAUAAAUGUUUGGUGUGGAAUAAUUGGAAAUUAUGUGUUGGGUCCGCGGGAAUUACCAAAUAAUUUGAACGGCCACAAUUAUUUACAGUUUUUGCAAAACCAAGUAGACGAUAUGUUGGCUGAGUUACCAUUAAAUAUUUGGACUGUCAUGUGGUUUAUGCAAGAUGGAGCACCACCCCAUUUUUCCAGGCAAGUGCGAGAUUAUCUCGAUAUGAAUUUUCCACGAAGAUGGAUUGGCCGAGGUAGUCAUUACACUUGGCCACCACGAAGUCCCGAUUGUAAUCCUAUGGAUUUUUGCGUAUGGGGAUUUGUAAAAUCCCUUGUUUACAAAGACAAUCCUGAAACUCGUGAGGAACUGUGGCAAAAAAUUGUAAAGGCAGUGGAUAUCAUUAGGAAUGAACAAAUAUUAUUUAACAUAAGAAGAUCAUUUUCUAAACGGAUUGGAAAAUGCAUUGAAGCUAACGGUGGUCACUUUGAACACUUACUCUAA